AUGAAUUUCCAGGGGCAUCAUUCUCGUCCACCACCCCUUCCUCCGCGAAAUCCGACCACCCGUAUUCCGAUUACUGGACGCCCAGUUGUCCCGCCGCUUCCUCUAGCAUCCAAACCCACUGGCGCUGCCCAAACACUUACACCGCCCGCUCCGAGAAAUAACGGUCUGGAUGACCCGGAUGUCAUUACCUACUGCCCAGAAAACAAUAUCCUCUACGCCACCGCAUACUGGUACUCGACACCGGACGCCCCCGCGUUCGAGAUCUGCUCUUAUUGCUUUGCCUCUACCCCACGCAUGCUCCGGUUAUGGUCGCAGGUCCUUCGCAACAAUGACUGGGCAUACAUCAGCGGAUACAUGAACCACCGGUCUGAUAUUAUGGAUUGUAAGGGCUCGGCGCCAUUGACUACCGACGUAGGACGACACUGGUAUCGUCUUAAGAACAAUGAUAUUGAUGACUUCGCGAUCUGUGCUGCGUGUUACGAGGAUGUUGCGCUUGCCACACCGUUUGGGAAUCUUUUCCACCCGAAUCCGAUUGGUCAGCCAGCCGGUGAGCUGUGGGUUUGUGACAUGACAGAGUAUUCACGGCGAGCGAUGCAGAAGCUCGGUCAAACAAAUAACUGGAGCGCCUUUACGGCGACUGUGGCACACAUGAUGGCGAUGGCUCCUUGUGAUGGUACGACUGGAGUAAUCGUAUCGAAACGAGAAUGGUAUCGGCCGAAGCCGUACAUCGACGAUAUGGCCAUUUGUGGCGCAUGCUACUUUCACUAUUUCGCUGCAUCAUUCAUGGAAUCAGAGUGGGAGCCAGUCCGCGUGGACCUUGAGAACCGCGGCUGGAAUACUUGGGUGUGCGAUAUGUCCCUCCUCUCGAUGAAGGUAGCGUAUAUCAAAGCAAUGCAGCAGAAGAACUACUGCAUAUUCUGGAACGCUGCAAAGGUAAUCCUUUCCAGCCCUCCAUGCCCCGCAGAUGGCGCCUACCGUGGUACCUGGUACGGUCUCAGGCUCACUGGUGAGGAAGUCGGUGCCUGUUCCCAGUGCUAUGCCGGGAUAGUCGAGCCCUUCGGAUUCGGCAAAUACUUCGUGCGGGCUCAAUCAUCAUCAAACGAGAAACGCAUAUGCAUCUUCAACGAGUCGGCACCUCGACGAGAGGAGUUCCUAAAGAAAUUUGACGACGCGAUAAGCACAAGAAACUUUUCGAGGUUCCAGGACUUUGCAGUUAGAUUCGCUGUCCUGCCGCCCUGUCCAACGUACAGCCUAGUCAAAGACCGCAAAUGGUACGGGAGUAAUGAAUUUCUCAUCUGUGAGAGCUGUUGGGAAGAGUUCGCGAAAGGUACAAGUCUCGCCGCUCAGCUCCCUCAUCACGGCAUCGUCCUCUCUAACGCAUGUUGCGAUCUCUAUUCCCACCGCAUGCGUGGCUUAUGGAACGAAGCGUGCGAGAAGGGUGAUAUGUCAUAUGUCACGGAGUUCGCGAAACACCGCGCUACGGUAUACGCGCAGACUGUUCCCCGGAUCCAGGUUAUCCUGGCCACCAUACAGAUGCGGAUGAACCAGAAAAAAGCCCUUCUGAUAAAUAGUCUCACGCUGCAGGCCUCAGACAAUCUUGUCGCCCUAACAAAGGGACCAAGUUGUAGUAGGUACGGGAACUCCGAUAUUGGGUAUGGGUGUGACUGCCGCUGGUGCAAGGGGAGCGAUACAGUUCAAUCAAGGUUUGAGCAUAAACGCCGUUAG